GCCGCCUCCGCCCCACGCAUCCCAGGCGGUUGGUGAUGCCACUCCAGCGCCCGGCUGCUGCCCUUGACAUCCAGCGACCCCUCUGAGGAGGAGAAGCGGCGGCAGCAACAAAAGCAGCAAGCAGCAGCCGGCGAGAACAGGUCGGAAGACCUCAACCCUCCGCCUCCUCUUCCUCCUCCUCCUCUUCGGCCUCUGACUGACUCUCUCCUCAGACGGCCUCAGCCAAGGCCCUCCGUCUUCUUCUCCUUCCUCCCCCUCCUCCUCCUCCCUAUGCUGCUGCUGCUGCUGGAGGCCACGUCAUGGGAAAUAAAUAUAUAAUCCCAUUCACCCACUGACAGGGAGCCGGAGCCGGCGGGACUAGAGCCAGCCCACUCGAGCCUAAAUCACCAGCAGAGAGAGAGAGAGAGGGAUUGAGAGAGAGAGAGCGCCAGGAAGCUACAGAACAUUUUUUCAAGAAAAUGCCACCCUCAACAUCACCACCGCAGUACGCUCCCCCUGAUGGAGGAUGGGGCUGGGUCGUGGUCUUUGGAGCAUUCAUCUCUAUUGGAUUUUCCUAUGCAUUCCCCAAGGCCAUCACAGUGUUCUUCAAGGAAAUACAGGAGAUCUUCGGUACAUCGUAUAGUCAGAUAGCGUGGAUAUCAUCCAUCAUGCUUGCAGUCAUGUAUGCAGGAGGCCCCAUAAGCAGUGUCCUGGUGAACAAAUAUGGCAGCAGGCCAGUCAUGAUGGCUGGAGGGAUACUGGCUUCCUUUGGAAUGAUUCUGUCUUCUUUCUGCAACAGUGUGAUAGAGCUUUAUAUAUGUAUCGGUGUUAUUGGAGGUUUAGGCUUGGCUUUCAACUUGCAGCCUGCUCUGACAAUGAUUGGCAAGUAUUUUUUCAAAAAACGUCCCAUUGCUAACGGACUGUCCAUGGCUGGGAGUCCAGUCUUUCUAAGUACUCUAGCACCUCUCAAUCAGUUUCUUUUUAAUGCUUUUGGCUGGAAAGGAAGCUUUCUCAUUUUGGGAGGUCUUCUUUUGAACUGCUGUGUAGCUGGAUCACUGAUGAGACCUGUUGAACCAAGCCCUGCUGCAAAAAAGGAUGUGGAGAAGGGGAAAGGAGAGUCUGCCUUGCGCAAGAAUGACAAGAAAUCCAUUUGGCAAACCAUCAAUAAAUAUUUGGAUUUAUCCCUCUUCAAACACAGAGGCUUUCUCAUUUAUCUGUCUGGAAAUGUAAUUAUGUUUCUAGGCUUCUUUGCCCCAAUUGUAUUCUUAGCACCUUAUGCCAAGCACAAGGGAAUCGAUGAAUAUUCAGCGGCUUUUUUACUCUCCAUCUUGGCUUUUGUAGAUAUGUUUGCUAGACCUUCUAUGGGCCUCCUUGCAAACUCAAAAUACAUCCGACCCAAAAUCCAAUACUUCUUUAGUUUUGCUGUUUUUUACAAUGGGGUGUGCCACAUCAUGUGCCCAUUGGCCAAUGACUACACAGGACUUGUUGUGUAUGCAGUACUUUUUGGUCUUGCCUUUGGAAUGGUUAGCAGUGUCCUUUUCGAAACAUUGAUGGAUCUGGUUGGUGCUGCAAGAUUUUCCAGUGCUGUUGGACUCGUCACAAUUGUAGAGUGCUGCCCUGUUCUUGUAGGGCCUCCAUUAGGAGGUUUACUUGUGGAUAUAACCGGAGAUUACAAAUACAUGUAUUUUGUCUGUGGUGUAAUUGUCAUUGUUGCGAGCAUUUGGCUGUUCAUUGGGAACGCGAUCAAUUACAGACUUUUGGCAAAGGAGAAGAAAGUAGUAGAAGAAAGGCAGAGAGCACUAAAGAAUGCCGAUGCGAAGGAAGUAGAACCUUUGACCUACAAAGAGAGUGAAGAAUCAGUCAGCAGAUCAAGCAAAAUGCAAGAUAAUCCUUCAGAAAGAGAAACCAAUAUGUAGCACAAAACCUGUUGUACAAAUACUCAUAUUUAUAACUUCCAUUAGAAGUAUUUCUUCAAGUACAGGCCAGGUUUUAUAGUAAUUAUAGUCAGUCACAAUACUGAAUGGGAAUAGAAGUUUCCAAAAAGUAAAAUCUAGACCACAAUCCUGCUUAUUCUGUACAGAAAGAGAAAGGUGCUGAUCAAUUCUCCAUACUCUCCUGUCCCUCCCUACCAUGCUUCCCCUGCACUAGUAGCAAUGUUGUUCUGCCAAGUAGGUAUUACAAUAUGGUCAGGUGGAAUUAUUCUCCACCUUGCCUUUGCUCCAAAUGAAUUUGUGUAUUAUGAUCCAACUUAGGAUGGGUUAUAUGAACUGCUGCAUCAUUGCAAUAUCCCAAAUAGAAAUGCUGCCAUAGAUGUUUAGGAUCAGGGUAUAACUGUUGAACAACAAAUUUAAAGCAACCAGUCACCUCUGCCUCCCAUGCAUACAAGCAGGGAUGUGAAAAUAGCCUCAGCUUCCUUUUCACUAGGUGUUCCAAAAUUUCUUCAUCCUUCUUGUCCUAUCUUGUUCAAGAUCCAUGUAAGGUCAUACGAUUUCUUUUUCUCCCCAUAUGCAGAUUUGUAUCUGUAUUGGUAUCCACUAUUCCUAAUAUAUACAUUUUAACAUAUAUUUUUUCUUAAUCUUUUCAUGUAUUUCUCCAUUCGCUAAAAUGAUUCCUGUUUAUGAAUAUUCUCAAAUGUAUAUUUUUUUUUAAUAUUUGCUCUCACAUAAUUUGAACAAGUAAGGCAAGGCAGAGGAAAUGGAGGAUUGUAGUUUUCUCCUGAUAAUGGGAAAUCAUGGAUUGAAUAUACUGUAUUCAUUAAAAAGAAAACACAAAUCAUGCAAAUGUCUUUUCUAGACCUAUUUGCAUCAAGGGUUCAGGGGAAGCAUGGUUUGUGAGAGAAAUGAGCUGUUUCUCUAACUGCUCUUCAUGCAUGGAUGGAGCAGGAUUGUGGCAUUAUAUUAUGUUUUAUUUUGGUGUCAAGAGCAUUAGAACUCCUGCUAAAAAUGGUGCAAGUGGGUCUGUUCAAAUACAGACCCUAAUUAGGUAGAGCUUUGAUUAUGGUCUUCCAGGAACAAGGAUUUUUUUGCUCCAAAUGAAUUUCCAGUGCAACAUUCAUGUGCUUAUCUAGAAAAAGGAAGACAACAGUCUUAAUCCUCAAGAGAGAUUUUAGCGAAUGCCUAUUUGGACACUUAGAAGGAAAGAAUUUCAGAUCAUGAAGAUGAAACUUUUAAGAAUGGAGUAAAUGUUCACCUCUACCUGAGUAAAGAAAACGCACAAAAAUGAAUCACUGUUGUAUAGUGCAUUUUCAGUAGAUCAAAACGGUCUAUUAUUUCUGAUAAAAACUAUGUGAAUUAUAGACACACACACAACCAGAUGUGGGAAACUGUCAAUGUUUUUACUAAAUGCAAUGCAUAUUAUCAUUACAGUGAAUAAAAGGGUUAUUUCCUUCUACUGUAAUAGAUUAGGAAUUGUAUUUAAUGACCUAAUCCUAAGACUUGCAUUUUGACUUAGGAUGGGUUGUAUGAACUGCUGCAUCAUUGCAAUAUCCCAAAUAGAAAUUCUGACACAGAUGUUUAGGAUCAGGGUAUAACUUUUGAACAACAUGUUGCCUUGUCAUCAUCACUUUACUUCACACACGUUUGAAAUUUGUAGCAUUCAUGGUUCUUAAAAAAACACAACUGCCACAUUGCUAUCUAUUCUCAAGUAGCUGUUGUGAGGGCUUGCUAUGCACAUUGACUUCCCCUAAUGAAACUGCAGUGAACGCAACAUCAGUCCAUUACUUUUGUAGACCAUAUGUGUUCAAGAAUUCAUAGGCUGUCAGGGACCAGAUAAAAUAAAUUUGAUGGCUACAUCCAGCACAUGGAUCACAAACUGGCUAUACAUCAUAUGAUCUUUAUGAUCAGAGUCCGAAACUGCAAAUACAGUGCAAGCUCUUUCUUCCUCUGCAGGUAGAACCAAUUAUGUGAAGGCCAAAGAAAUAUUCUUAUUGGUGUCAUCCAGUUGUGGACCAAUUUAAUCUGGAACAGUGGUGCGAUCCAGAAAGAAGUCUAAUGCAGAGGUUCAGGGCCUGUCAAUCUGGAAGUAUAAAGCAAACCAAAGGUGCUCCUAUUGUUCAUGUAAAGCAGAUCUUUCCAAAACCUUUCCAAAACCUUGAAGAAAGCAGGUCAGCAGCACAGGGUUAUGGGGAAAUGUUGCUGUUGGUUGAUUUUUUGAAAAGAAAAACAUUUCUGAAGUCAAUUUUCCAGGCUUUUGUUCAUUGACAGACUCUUCUAUUAAUAGGAUAAAUAAAUAGAUCACUUCAAUCAUUUAACUUGGAUAUCACUGUCAGCCUGGCAAUGUGAGGUAAGAUUACAGAGCAACCAUGAAUGGGAUCUUAAGUACAUCAUUUGAACUAGAUUUUCAUGUCUCUUCUUUAAUGUCAUAUACAUCUCUCACUUUUAAUUAUACUGAGGAUAAUGGCUGGCAUCCUAUUGAUGACAUGUACAGGCAUAGGUUCCCCUAGAUAAGUGAUUGGAUAGAGCAAAGGAUAUUUCUCUGAUUUCCUUACCUUGAUCUUUGAUCCUCUAUUUACUACCAGGGUUUGUUUAAGCUCUUCUGGUGCCUAAGGUAAACAACCAAAUGGAGUCCUAUCAUCACUACAAGUCCAGGUGAAUCAUAUACAAAGCCUUCCAAGUUCAUAACCAAGACAGGCAAUCCUACCUUCAUCUUUCUCAUCUCUGACAGUAAAAACAAAGAAAUAGAUAGCAUUCUGCUACCUCUUCAGGAUAGCUGCCUUGAUGUAUCCACCUUAUCCUGCUUAUUGAUGGGGACAGUGCACCACUGAGAGGCUGUCUUUCUUCUGCAGAAAUCACACUAAACAUUCUUCAGUGUCAGAACAACAGUGAACUUUCAGUUAGUCAUCUCGUUUAGUCUGCUAUAGACUUCAUUGCUUCAAUGAACUUAAGGAAACAGAUCAACUAGGAGCACCUUAGAGAAUUAGCAUAGUUGCCUUCAUGGUUUUCCUCAAGAGUCAGUCUUUAUUUGUGCACAAUAGCUAGGAUCCUAAAGUCACUCCAUAUGUAACCCCCUCAGAUUUUUCCUUUUUGCCACAGUGUUUCUUCAGUGUUGUAGAGGUAAGCUACUGGUCCAUUGAAAAAGUGGUUUGUCACUUCUGCAAUGGAAACAGGUGUGGUGAAACCACCAAACUGAACUUUUGUUUUACAGCAUCCCACACUAGCAAACAAAAUUCUUCCUUUUUCAUAUCUUCUGCUUGUGGAUCCCAGCUCAUAUGUAUUAUUUUGCUGGAAUAUGUAAAUAAUGAAGAUGCGAAACAUGAAUGUACAUGAACAAAACGGAACAAAUCUUCAGCGCAAAAGAAUAAAUUUCCGCAGUUCUUUGCAAGCCUUCCUUUACCAGAAUGUAAUCUUCAUUAUUCAUAUCUUCUGGGAAUGUUUUUUUAUUGUGUUUGAUAAAUAAAAUUGAUUUUUAAUAGAUGAAAAAAUACUUCAACAAAUGAUUUGUUUUCUGCAGCAGAAUACUUGACUUUUUUUACUUUCUUCCACUCAUACAUUAAUAAAGAAUUCAUUAAAAGAGAAAAUUGCAAUAUUUUGCAAUUGCUGUACUACUCUGCUGUAUUAUUCUGCCACAGUCUUGUCUGAAAUAUUGCUGCAUAUUUUAACUACUGUCAGAAUAUAAGGAAUCACCUUUUUAAAAAAACAAAAACAAAAAAGAAUGUAUUUGUUGUAAUGAUUAUUUCCGAACAAACUGUACUUUGAAUUAUAGUUGUUUUAUUUUUAACUGAGUUUGCAUCUAGAAUAUUAAACAGACACCAAACUUAAGCUUCCUAUAGUAAAAAAAAAAGCUCUUGUGUGGCUUGCAAGUUUAUGGUCAUGUAUAAUGUUUGAGAUGUGAGAGUGUGAGGGGACAUAGCUUGGUGGACUAUAACAAAGAUUUUUAAGCAUGCAAACCAGAUCUACAAAUCAUCGAUGGUUCCAAUCCUAUAUCUAGAGUGGCUUAGAAUUCAGGCCCACUGAAUAAAUAUAAAUCACAUUGUACUGCAAGAGAGAUACCACGGUUCUUCCUCACUGUAUUCAUAUACUCUCAAGUCCUGAAAUAAUGAGAGUAGAAUAAGGGCUCUGUUAUAUUUUUAUGUGUUGGAGGGAAAAGAUCUGAACAGGGGAGCCUGCUGUGCUCAUGAAACAUUUUUCAUGACUUCCAACUUUGACUAUAUUUGUAUGAGAACUGUAAGGCUAUAAAAGCCAUGAUAUCAUAGCCAUGUUGUCAACAAGAAUGUAGAAGAUGGAUUCCAUCAAACCAGAACCUUUUUGAGUCACAUUAACUCAAUGCUUUGCAAUGCUUUUGCUGAAAUGGAUGGGAUUUAAACUAUUCACCGGGCUGUUUAUUCACAAUAAUGAGGUAUAUUGAAGUUGCCCACAUUCUUUCUUUGUUAUGUUUUUUUAAAA